AUGCGGCACUUCCUGCUAUGUAUGGGCCUCAGCUUAUGUGCUCAGGAAGACAACUCGGAACUUUAUAACCGGCAGUCGCUCUGUAUCUUGAAAGGAGAAAACAUGGCUUACAGACUUGCAAAGCUGAUCGUUGUGUUUGCGGGCGUCUGGCUGGCGGCCUCACUUCCGGUGGAGCCGCAGUCGUGGCUCUCCCUAGUGGAGCAACUGCUCGAGAAAAUGGUGCGCAUGGAGCUUAAUGUGGAGGCCAUGCACAAGGAGAUGCAGCAGGCGCGUAACCAGGUCACUUCCGGUCUAAGUGACAUGAAUGCUAUGAAGCAGACGGUCGGGGCUCUGCAGACGUAUUUUACUGAAAACAUAAACAAAUCAGACACUGUUGUUGCGUUCAAUGCUCACACGAUUGUGGACAAGUCACUGGCUACGGGCCAGGUUCUCGUGUUCAGCAAUCCUCUAUUCAAUAUCGGGGAGGCGUACGACAGUGGGGCAGGAAUCUUCACGGCGCCCUUCUCUGGGGUCUACUUCUUCUCCGCACACUUCUGUCUUUAUUUAGCUAGGCAUUGGUACUACGCGUUCAUGAAAGAGAACGACGUCGUUGUGGUAAAGGGUGUCAAGUAUGAAUCCCAAGAGUACGUGUGUGAGACGGUGAGCGCCGUUGUUCUCCUGCUGCAGAACGAGAGACUGUGGAUAGAGUGUCGAUCAGGAAGUACAGACGACCUGUUCUUCAGUAAUUCUUAUCGUAAAAGUUCCUUCUCUGGGGCCUUGCUCCACAAAGUGAAUGGAUACCCAUAG